CUUUCCGCGUCCACACACAAUCGACAGAAAAAUUUUCCUUGGAAGAAGGGAAUUUAAUUCCACUGAAUCGUAGGAAGUGUUUCACUGAAGCAACAAACGAUGCGUGCAUUAUGCUUAAAAUGUGAAUGGUGCGUGGAAACAUAUGUCAGUUGUCUUAUUGUCCAGUGAGGUUAUGUUUGUGACAAACAGAAGUAAAUUGUGUACCACACAUUUGAUCCACACAGUCGUACGGACGUUAAAUAUAUUCCAUUCAGGCUUCAAGGCGCUUAAUGGUUUACGUGAUACCUAUUGACAUUCAAAACAUUGCAGCAGAUCGUGUAGUUUUGUGUGUAAUCUCGUUUGUUAUAAUAAAGAAAAAACAGUGUGCCAAGAAUUAUUUAAAAAAAUUACUCAUUAAGAGCCACAAGAAUUAUUUUCUAAACAUAAAGAAAUACACCAAUAUAGUUAUUAAACACAUAAGCAUUUUAAAUAUAAUUGGUGAUUGAAACUAUAAUGGCAUCUCAAAAAGUGACUGGAUAUAAAUUUUUAACUUACAGCAGUAAGUAUUCGGCAAUUCGGCACAUUAAAUUUGAUAUGCAAUCCAUAUUUGACAAGUCACUGAGGUUGGUACAACCAGACACUUUACUGAAGAUGGCCAUUGAAGUAAAAAAUGAUACUUUAAUUGUGAGAGAUACACAUUAUCAGCUAAAUAAGAACUGCCAUCUGAUUGGGUUUGGUAAAGCAGUUUUGGGCAUGGCAUGUGAAGCAGAGAAGAUACUUGGAAAUCAUUUAUGUUCUGGAAUUAUUAGUGUACCAAAAGGUAUACGAGAAAUUAUGAAGAAUCCUACCAUGCAACCUAAACCAGACAGCAUACUAGAAAUCAUAGAAGGAGCAAAGAAUAAUUUACCAGAUCAGAAUGCUGAGGAAGCUGCAAGAAGAAUUAAACAUCUGGUUCAGAAUUUAGGUAGCAAUGAACUUCUAAUAAUCUUACUGUCAGGUGGUGGAUCUGCCCUGUUACCUCUCCCAGUGUCACCAAUCACUCUACAAGAGAAGUGUCAAGUGGUGAAACUUUUGACCGCUGCAGGAGCUAAUAUAAUUGAAUUAAACUGUGUACGGAAAAAACUCUCUGUUCUGAAAGGAGGACGGCUUGCACAAUUAGCUUACCCUGCCCAAGUAGUGGCAUUAAUUCUAUCUGAUAUUGUUGGAGAUCCAAUAGAUUUAAUUGCUAGUGGACCCACAGUUGUAAACAGUGAUGCACCAGACACUGCACUUAAUAUUAUAAGAAAGUAUUCCCUGCUUGACAGAGUGCCAGUUUCCAUACAAAUGUGCCUGAGCACAAUAAACACUAAUAUAUGUCAAAAUGAAACAUUAAGUGAUUCAAGGACGUUUUCUCAUGUUCAGAAUUUACUGAUUGGAUCAAAUUUGACAGCAAUAACAGCAGCAGCAGAAGCAGCUUCAAAUAUGAAUUAUAACACUAUAAUAUUAUCUUCAGGGAUUGAAGGGCUUGUAACAGAUGUAGGAAGAAUGUAUGCCACAUUGGCAACUGUUAUCUGCAAAGCUUUGUGGAACACCUCUACACCCAAGGCAGUAUGUGAGGAAGUACAUGAGGUUUUUCAUUGCAUGAAACAACUGUAUGCUAUCUGUGAUAAUGCAGAGGAAAAGGUUCUGCAUGCUAUGAAACAAAUGAAAAAUAAGAAAGGAAUAUGUUUGAUAGCUGGUGGAGAAACUACAGUCAUUGUUAAAGGUAAUGGUUUAGGAGGAAGGAAUCAAGAACUGGCAAUGGUCUUUGCUAGAAAUAUGAAUGAAAAUUCAAAGUCAUUUCCAUACUUGGAUCAGUUUCAUGCUGUUUUACUGAGUGCAGAUACUGAUGGGAUAGAUGGCCCAACUAAUGCAGCUGGAGCUUUUGGUUAUAAGCAUCAAUUUCAUGCAGCAAUAGAACAAGACCUAAAAUCGGAUGAAUAUGAAAAUAACAAUGAUUCAUAUAACUAUUAUUUAAAACUAAAUGGUGGCGAAGAUUUAAUAAAUGUUGGACAUACAGGAACAAAUGUAAUGGAUAUGCAUAUCUUAGUUAUUGAAUCAAUCGUAAACAGUCGCUAAUGCUUAAUCCUGUAAAAAGCAGUUGAAUUUAAAAUUGUAGUUUUGGUACCAGAAAUACAUUCUCUGUUCAGGUGAAAUUGUAGAUACCUUUCUAAGCAUUAAAUAAAUAUGCUAUAGAGAAAUUAACACUUCUUAAUUAGGAUAUGUUGGCAGCUAGAGCAUAUAAUUUUACUAACACAUGCUCCUCAAGAUGUAUCAAAUUGAAGCACUCCUGGCCCCAGAAUUGUAGCUGAGUGAUGAUCACAGACUUAAGUGAAGUAAUUGUAAACACAACACAUACAUGUUGUACAGUUCUUUACUGUAAUGUUCCAGCUUGGAGUUGAAAUCUGGCUGGCAGGUUUGUAAUACCAAGGUUCAAAUGCCCUAUUCUCAUGUGAGAUAAAGUUUAUAUACUGCACCCAGAACCAAGUUUCAAACUCCAACUAACAUACAGUUACACAGCUGCAAAAAGUAUUUAUGUCUGUACUUUAUGCCUUUGAUAGCAAAUUAAAAAUGCAAUUACUUCCCUCAUUAAACAAACAGUAACUUUCUCAGAAUGACUUACAUUUUUGAAUGUGAACCCUCUAUGUAAAAAGGGGUAAAUACUUUCCAUCUCCACCUAAAAGCCAAUUCCAUCACUGAAAUCAUUCUCAAAAGUGCUUCAGAAAUUUAUGUAUGAGAGAGAAAGUUAUCUUAAAUUCCAACAACUUCCUUGCACGAGAAUAAUUUUGACUUAGAAAUUCAUAGAUGAAAUUUUGUGUUCCUUGCAAUAAUAUUUACACUGGUGGAAUAUUUUAUGACUUUGAUGAAGCAUAUGACUGUGUGAAUAUUGAUGUGUUGGUUUCAAAACUAGAUUUUUAUGCAAUUCAAGGUAAAGCUGGACAGCACAAACAGAAAAUAAAAAGCAGGAACAAGUC